AGUGCUUAUACAACAUCGGAGGCUUUAAAAACAACAGGACUUUGCUGUGUUUCAGUGCAGGUCACAGUACAGAGGGAGGACAGAGGAAGAUUGGGUCCAGUCAGACGGAGUCACCAUGCGCUCUCUGCUGACGCUGUGGCUGUGUACGGCCCUGCCGGGUCUGCUGCGGGCCUCAAACGUCACCCUGUCUGUAGAGGGGGACCAUGACACCUCCAAGAUCUGCAAACCCGCCCCCGAGUGGGACAUAAAGGGGCGGGCGCCGAUGCAGGAGGUUCUGGGAAAUGUGGUGGUGGUGGCUCUUCUGAAGGCCAGCUGACGGUUCUGCCUCAUUCAGGCAACCAAGAUCGGAAGCCUGCGUUCCAAACUGAACCGCAGCAACCUGACGGAUGUGUCCAUCAUGAUAGUUAAUGAGCUGGAGCUUCACUCCAGGGUCAUGUACUCGGAGCUGAAGAGAAGAGCGCCCCCUGGAGUCCCCGUCUAUCAGCAGAGUCCUUUUCAAAAUGAUGUGUGGGAGACCCUGGAUGGAGACAAAGAUGACUUCCUGAUCUACGAUAGAUGUGGCCUCCUCACCUUCCACAUCGUGCUGCCGUACAGUUACCUGCAUUAUCCUUAUGUAGAGGCUGCAAUCAGAGCAACUUAUCAUAAAGAUAUCUGCAAUUGUUCAUCUGAUUUUUCUUUAUCAAGACGCGUUAACAUCACGGUGAAGAAUGACACCGCUCAGUUUAACCUCAACGGAACAACCGUUGAUGACCUGGAAGAGGAAGACACUCUCUCGAUGGGGAACCACAGUCUUCAUCAUCACCAUCGUCAUGAUCAUCACCAUCACCACCCUCAUCACGGCCACCAGGAUCAAGACAUCCAGCCUCACAAUCAGUCCCAGCCUCAUAGCGGAGCAGCACAUCAUCAUCAUCAGCAUCAGCACCAUCACGGUCACCAUCACGGUCACCAUCACGGUCACCAUCAGCACGGCAGCCACCACAAUCACGGUGGUGCUUAGAUAAAGUGCAGCUCAUUUAAAAGUGCCUCAUCUUGCUUCUUUUAUCUUCAGCUUUUCAGAAUGUGUGUACUUAGGCUUUUAUUUUGAUGCCAUGUUUGAACUUCUUUCAUUCUUGACGUAUGGAGCUCGCUGAGCAGCUGAAUCUGUUUCAGCCAGUUAUCAGGUUGAAGCUUCUCUGUUGGCAUUUCCCCCGUCGCCCUCCUCUGUCUGGACCAGGUAUCCACGUCUCCUCGUCCUCCCCCGUUAAUGACGUUCACGGUGCAAAACCUGCCUGCAGGAGGCCGUGAGCAGACGUGUGGGGAGAGGUGUGAGGAAGCAGGGGUUCUGGUCACCGGCACAGAGGCGGCGGUGGUGUGUGGGGUGCCGCUAGGGAGAUUUCAGUUAGGUCACCGUCUGAAGCGGAUUCUGCUCUCAGCUCAGUUCACUGUGAAUCAGAGCAAUCCUCUGAAGAGUUUAACAAGAAAUAAAUGGAUUCAUUCACUAA